UCAAGUCCACCUCUCGAAGCUUUUAGCAUCAUUUUCAGAAACAGAGCAGCCGAGUCCAGAAUAAUUCAAUAAAUUAAAUAACCCCAUCUUCAAGAUUUCGACAACAAACAAAUCUCAAUCAUAUAAAAUUUGCGCCAAAUAAAGAAGAAGAAAGAAAAUCAUAAUUUAAUUUUCAUCAAAUGAUUAGUUUUAGAAGCAAUCCAUCAACGGCACCACCGCCACGAGAAGAUGCAUGGAUUACUUCUUAUCAAAAGCUACUUCCUCACUGGCACUCUGUUUCUCUUUCUCAUCAGCAUUCAACGCUACCGAUAUCAAUAUCUAGGGUUAAUCAGUUUGAUGCUGCCAGAUUGGAUAUUGAGAUGUCAGCUAUGUUGAAAGAACAGUUGGUUAAAGUUUUCUCCUUGAUGAAGCCAGGAAUGUUAUUUCAAUAUGAACCCGAACUCGAUGCUUUCCUUGAGUUUCUCAUUUGGAGGUUCUCAAUUUGGGUAGAUAAACCGACUCCAGGAAUUGCUCUUAUGAAUUUGAGGUACCGAGAUGAACGUGCCGUGGAAAUAAGAGAAAAUGUAAGAACGGGUUUGGAAGGGCCUGGGCUAACUGUUGCUCAGAAGAUGUGGUAUUGCAUUGCCGCAGUUGGUGGUCAGUACAUUUGGGCUCGUUUACAGUCAUUCUCUGCUUUUCGUCGAUGGGGUGAUUCUGAACAGAGGCCAUUGGCACGGCGAGUUUGGGGUUUGAUGCAACGUAUUGAAGGGCUUUAUAAGGCUGCGUCAUUUGGCAACCUACUCUUAUUUCUUUACACAGGAAGGUAUAGGAACCUCAUUGAAAGAGCUUUAAGAGCAAGGCUUGUCUAUGAAAGCCCUAACAUGAAUCGAGCAGUUAGCUUUGAGUACAUGAAUCGCCAGUUAGUGUGGAAUGAGUUCUCGGAAAUGCUGUUGCUGCUUCUCCCUCUUCUAAACUCUUCAACGGUUAAAAGCGUUCUUCACCCGUUCUCGAAGAACAAAUCUUCAAGUUCUACAGAGGACGAUUCGACUUGUCCCAUUUGCCGGGCAAGUCCGACAACUCCGUAUCUUGCUCUCCCUUGUCAGCACAGGUAUUGCUACUACUGCCUACGAACACGAUGUGCGGCAGCUCCAUCGUUCCGGUGUUCCCGGUGCAGUGAGCCUGUUGUGGCAAUGCAACGGCAUGGCAGCAUAGUUGAACAUAAAACUCAUAAUCAGUAAUUUAGUUGGAUAAGAGCAUUGUACACUUAGAAUAUGGAACAAAAUUGCCUGAUGUGGGAAUACAAUAUAGUUUGAGAAAACAAUUGCCUUCUGUUUUGACCCCCCACUUGACUGUGGGGGAAAUUAAUCAUUCUUUUGUCAAAUUUUCACAUUCAUAAUGUGGUCAUUUUUUUUUU